UCGCCAUAUUGCGUUUUGUGAGGAAUGGUAUGUGACCAAGAAAGCAGGAAAAAAGCACCUUAAUCGGACUUUGUCUGGAGCUGAAAACUUAUGUCAUUCCUCAUCUUAUCUAUGUCUGAUGUGUUAAGUCUGUGAGACUUAUUGUAGUCCGGUAUAGUUCCCUUUUCCGAUAAAAGUUCCCUCGCUAGACGACCCCUCUUUGCUCCUCACAGAGAGAAGCCAUUUCUAGCAGACAAAGGAAACUCGGAUAAGGCCUUGCAAUAUCGGACGAAAUAACCUGAUAAGCUCGACGAGACUUCUUCUGCUGAAGUCUAGGCAAUAUUUGUAAGCCUAGGCUAGUAAAACUUCGAUUCAAGGAUGCAAUUUAACUGAAAACGAAGAUAACACCAGAUGAAAUCCAAGGACUUUCAUGAGUACUGAUCCAUCACGAUGGAAGUAGAUGAUGUGGAACAUCUUGAUCCCAGUGAUGGCGAGGAUGAUAAUGAUACACAGCCACUGAUGACAGAUGACUUUGUAGACCAGAAAGAGUAUGGAAGGAAACAUGAAUUCUUUGGAGUCAAGGGAGACAACUCUUACCCUGAUGAGAUGGAUGAUGCUGGCAAGGUCAGUAAGAAUGGACUGGAAUAUGACAACAAGGAGAAUGACAGUGUGUAUGACUCCCCAGGUGGACACAGGCACACACACAGACAUAAGAAGUUCCGCAGACAUCAGCUAAGGAUGGCCGAGCGGUCAGCAGGUUCUCGAAAACAUCGACAUGAGGAUGAUGAUGAAGAUACUGGUGACCUAGAAGAUGGAGAGAUUCUGGAGGAUGGAGAAAUAGCUGAUGAAGAAGAUGAAGAAAGGCCUCCCCCAUCAAAGAAAGCCUCAAGUGAUCCAAAUAAUGAAUCAUCAAAAUCAUCUCCAAGUUCGUCCCGAGAGCACCGACAUAGUCACCGACAUGAGCGUCAUCAUGGGGAGGAGAAGGAAUCGGGAGAGGGAAACGAGGAGGGGGAGGAAGAAUCAGGGGAUAAAGCUCGAAAGGAGAAGAAGAAAAGAAAGAAGUCCAAAAAAGACAGACAUGAUCGGAAAGAUCGCGAAAAAAAGAGGAAGCGACAUGGUAGAGAAUACAGAGAUCCUGAUCGCCCAGAAGAUCAAGACAUGAUGUCCUUUGACAAGAGGUCCAGGUCCCCACCUGGGCCAUAUGAUAGCCCUGGAUAUGACAGUCCAUCUGGACCAUAUGACAGCCCAGGGCACAACCGUAGUCCAUCAAAGAAACACAGCUCUCCUAGCCAAUAUGACCACUUGUAUGACAGCCCUCCAGGACUCUAUGAUAGUCCAUCGUAUGAUGAAGACUCUGAAGACGGGGGCCAUAACUUACUAAGGCCUGGUCCCGGACCUGGUUAUGAUGGAGAUUACAUGGACACUGACAGUCAGAAUCAAACGCAUGGUAGGAAGAGGAAAGCAGGUCACAUCAGUAGAACUCCAAGACGAUCAGGUGAAAACCAAGGCCCGGUGCAACCCAGGAAGAAACCACUGUUAGAAAUACCUCGUCAUGAAAGGCCACACUGCAAGUUCUACAUGGAAGGAAAAUGUGCUAAGGGAAGUGGUUGCCCGUUCAAUCACGACUUCCGACCACCUAAGAAACCAGAAGUGUGCAAGUUCUACCUGCAGUCAAACUGUUCCAAGGGAGACUUCUGUAUCUACAUGCAUGAUGAUUAUCCAUGCAAGUAUUUCCACACCGGAGCAGACUGUUACCAGGGUGAUAACUGCAAGUUUUCCCAUGAACCCCUGACUGAUGAAACAAAGGCAUUGCUGGAUAAGAUACUACAUGGUGACGAGCCAGAUAAGCCAAGGCCUUGCUUACUUGGUUCCCCUCCACGCCACCUGCUGGAAGGAGGAGUAGGAGGAGACCUGACAAAGAAGAUCCCAUCACUGUUUGAUAUUCAAGUGUUUCCCCCAGGACAGAAUCCUAGUCCCCGUAAACCCACCCCAGCUUCACCGUCCAUUAGACCAAGUGGUUUCUACCAAGAUUCAGGUUCUCCACCACAAGCUCCUGGCCCAGGACCACCUCCUAUUAAUCUCCCUCCUCCCCAGCAGCAUGCCUCAGUUCCUCCAGUUCUCAACAUGAUAGGUGCAAUAUUGAGGGGCGCCCCACCAGAAGUGGUGGUUAGGGCAGGUGCUCCGGGACCGAACCAAGGACCUCCACCUGGUAUGCAAGGACCCAGAAUGCAAGGUCCAGGAAUGGGUCCAGGACCCAGAGGCCUAUUCAUGGGCCCAGGGCAUGGUCAAGAUCUAAGAGGUCCAAGGGGCCCAGGUGGACCUCCUGACAUGAGAGGUCCAGGACCAAAUUUCCACGACCAGAGAGGGCCUCUUCAUUUAGAUAACGGACCUCAAGGUCGAGGGCCAAUGAUGGAUCCUCGUAACCCAAGAGCUCAAGGAGGUCCUCCUUUUGAUCCAAGGGAUCCCCGAGCCCAACACAUGGAUCCUAGAGAUCCAAGAUCCCAAGGAAUGGACCCACGAAGACCCCCAGGUGUGGAUCCUCGAGGUCCACAUCAUGGAAUGGAUUCAAGGGGUCCACCUCAGGGAAUGGAUAUAAGAGGGCCACCACCGGGGAUGGAUGCAAGAGGUCCACCAUCAGGAUUGGACCCAAGGGGUAUGUCCAUUGAUUCCAGAGAUCUGCGGGGGAAUGAUCCAAGAGGUCCUAGAUCUCAAAAUAUGGGCCCUCCUGUUCAAGCAGAUCCAAGAAAUCAGAACAAGGAUCCCAUGGAACAAAGAGAAUUAGGUCAAAGAAACCAGAGACCGUUAUUGCCAGAUCCCAGGGGACCUUUUGAUGUAGAUGGUCCCCCUAAAGACUCAUGGGAGGCAAGAGGUCAAUCUCAAGAUUCAAGAAAUGUGCCAUUCCUUGCAAGAGAUCCAAGAGCCAAAGCUCAACCUAACAGAGACCCUCGCAGUGCUUCAUCUGAACAACAAGACAAUCAAUCAGUCAGUGACCUAAGAUGUUCACCACAGGAAUCUGAGACUAAAGUCAAAGAAGAACCUAGAAUAACAGCUUCAGAUCCACGAAGAAGUAGAGAUCCAAGAGUGUCAGUGGCAGACCCCAAAACAUCUCCAAACCAUACCAGUGACACAAUAUCUAGUCCUUCAGCUCAUCGUGAUGCAAGAGCAGUGAAAUCAGAGGACAAGGAUCCAGAAAGUCCCAUUUUAAGUACAGACUCCAGUAAAGUUCCAAAUAUUGAAACAAAAGAAACUGAUAAAGAAGAAAACAAACCUGAAGAUGAGACACCGAGUAAUGAAGAUACACAAGAAAUCUCUGAAGAACAAGGUGGAGGUGAAAAUGAAGGUGACAAGGCCAUUGAGAUGGAAAUUCCUAGUCACUUACCUCCAACCCAACGGAAUUUGUUCAUGCGAAUAAAGCAGCAACAACAUCAACAAGACAGUGCUCUGAGUGAACAAGGGGAGACAACUGAGACAAGCGAUGAUCCAAGUGCAGCUAAAGGUUCCCAGGAUGCUGAAGAUGAUGACUGGUACUCCAGUGAUGAAGAUUUGGAAGGGGGACCUAAAUUAAUGGAUGUCUUGAAGAAUCUCAGCAAACAGCCUGUAGCUCAACCACACAGUUCACCCUAAGCGGGCAGCACACCCACAGCAUCCACCUUCAACAUCAUGCAGAUGAUUCAGUCCAUCAAAAACCAGGCUCCGACAAUUCCAGAAAAAGCACAGUCAGCACCCCCUGGUGUCAGAGACAGUGUCAAACCAAGGGCUGCAAAGAGACAUGAUUCUACAGAAAGUAUGAAGGGAUCUGCAUCACCAAAAGACAUAAUACGAGAUUACUCAAUGUCAGAGCAACCCAGCCAGGAUGUUAUUAAUGGUUCCUUCCCUGUGAUAGAAGCAGUCCUUACUUCAAUGACAUACAGGAUCAAAGACUUCAGUUUGAAUGGUCAGAAACCCUAUCAUUCAAUGCCACAAGGUGUAGAUCCAAAUGACCCAACUUACCAGAAUGACCCUCGUGUGCAAAAAAAUACAUUUCCAGAGUAGGAAAAGUGAAACCUCCUUUGUCUUCACCACAGAAUGGAGAAAAAGAUUUGACUGUGCCAAAGCCUAUAAACAGUGAUCCUAGAAGAGCACGCCAUUUAAGCAUUGAGGAAAAAGCACCUGCUCCCAAACCACAAGAUCCAAGGUUAAGACGAGCAGAUCCAAGGGUGCAAACAAGCAGUGAACAGCCAAGUCAACCCCCAAGUCUUUCAAGCUUGCAAAAAGCUGUGUCAGAGCAGAUUGCAAAGGCUUUGGAUUCUCGUGGGAGUGAUCCCCGCUUACAAAGAGUGCAGUCUACACCCAAUCCCAUGUCUCACAGCCUACCUGUCAGACCAAUCAAAGAUCCUCGCCUAGGCCG